AUGUCGUCUCCGUAUAAGAAAAUAUCGUUAAAGAAGUUCGCUGUACCUACUGAGAAAGGCACAGAAGAGUCAAGAUUUUGGAGAAGAUUCAAGCCACGUUGUUCGCUUUCCGAGAUUGCAUCAAUAACUUCCAUCAAGUUCAGUCCUAUACAACCAUUUGAUUUCGCUGUAACAUCGUCUACACGUGUUCAAAUCUACUCAACACAAACCUAUAAAGUAAAAAAAACCAUAUCAAGAUUCAAUGAUAUCGCCUAUUGUGGAUCCAUUCGAAAUGAUGCAAAACUGCUUGUGGCUGGUGAUGCCACGGGAUUAAUCCAAGUUUUCGAUAUCAAUAGCCGGGCAAUAUUAAGAACGAUGCAUGGUCAUAAUCUUCCCGUACAUAUUACCAGAUUUUCCCCCGGAAACACUCAAAUUCUUUCUUGUUCCGACGAUAAAACUGCCCGUAUUUGGGAUGUUCCUGGGCAAGAAGCAAUAUCAAAUUUAAAAGAACAUCAGGAUUAUGUGCGUGCUGGCUUAAUAAGUAACGAUAACCCUCAUUUGGUUCUAACUGGUUCAUAUGACCAGUCAAUCAAGCUCUGGGAUUUACGCACCAAUUCCUGUACAAUGUCAAUGUCACAUGGUGCUCCCGUCGAGGAUGUCUUGAUAUUUCCCGGUGGUGGAAUGAUAAUUUCAGCUGGAGGGCCAACCAUAACCGUAUGGGAUCUUAUUUCUGGUGGUCGUGUUGUACGAUCUGUAUCCAACCAUCAGAAAACCAUUACGUCAAUGUGCUUUGACGGAUCUUCUUCGCGUCUUCUCACUGGAUCCUUGGAUCAUCAUGUUAAAAUCUAUGAUGUUCAGAAUUACGAUGUCGUCCAUAGUUUCAAAUAUAAUUCUCCAAUAUUGUGUAUCGCCUUGUCGCCUGACGACACCAACAUCGUUGUCGGAAUGACAUGCGGUACUUUAUCUAUACGCCAUCGAAAAUCAUCGCAAGAAGAACUCUCUGUGUCCCACCCAAAUAAGCAGCCAAGAGUCGGUUCCUAUAAAUACUUUACACGUGGUCAAACAUAUGAUGGUAAACAGGAUGAUUUUGUAGUAGAAUCUAAACCAAGAGAACAUCUUGCAUUAUAUGAUCAUUACUUGAAAAAGUUUCAAUACUCAAAUGCACUGGAUGCUGUAUUAAGAAACGGAACUCGAGCAAUUUUAACUAUUUCGUUGCUACAAGAGCUUAUAUAUCGGGAUGCUCUACGACAAGCAAUUGUCGGACGCGAUGAUGUCUCUUUAGAACCUUUAGUCAAGUUUCUGUUAAGAUGGAUAAAUGAGCCAAAAUAUACUAGCAUAUUAAUUGAUGUAGGAAAUGUUAUAAUUGAUGUAUAUUCCUCUGUGAUUUGGAAAUCUCCGUUGAUCAAAAAGUUGAUGGUCAGUUUACAUACUAAAGUGAAAAUGGAGAUUAAUUUACAAAAAGAAAUUGCAAAAGUUAUUGGUUCUUUGGAAAUGGUUGCCAAAGGGUCAAUGUCAACUGCUACCACCAAUUAUACUUAG